AUGAACGAUAUGAUACGCUUCACUUUGGAGCUGAGCUCGAUCAAGUGGUGCCAAAUGAACAUUCAGUUCCUCGAUGAAGUUAGUUUCGGCAACAGGGGUAUGCUGCGCACACAUGGCUACAGCUUGAAGGGAAAGAAACUUUCCUUUCGGGGCGAGUUCAACCUGAAGCCACGGAUUUCACUACUGUGUUUCAUCUCUGUGAAUGGUCUUGUGGAAACAUUUCACACGGAUGGGACGUUGACCGCUCCAAGUUCGCUGAGUGCUGCCGUGCACAUGCGCAUUCAGGAAAACGUGUGUGCCAGUACCCAAGAAGAGGCUCUGUGUGGAUUCUGGAUGGCGCCAAGAUCCACUGCCACCCCGAUAUCGUCUACUACCUGCGGUUGCUGGGGAUUAUUCCCAUCUUUCUUCCUGCAUAUUGCCCAUUUACAACCCUACCGAAUACCUUUUUGGCUUGAUCAAGAAGGCGUUCAAGCGUCAUUCCAAGAUUUCGACAUGACCAAGCUUUUCGAGCACUGUGGGUGGAGCGUAACUGGUGAGUUUAACCCUACGUCUGCUCUGGGUGGUGAGUACGUGAGCACAUCGCGCGCUGAGCAAUUCGAAGGAAACGAGUUGCUCGAGUUUUCGGAGCGUGGUGAUCCUGAUUACGACGAUAAUAGCUCGAGUGGUGAAAGCUGA